GAAGUGAAGAGAAGAGCGUGUCUGUGUGAGAAAUUGAACAUAACCUCCUAAAGGUGAUUGUAAACAAGGUUAUUGUGUGAUUGACAAUUUUAUUGGCAUUACUGUUCGUGUUAACUGUUUAGCUUUUAACAUUGUGUUUGUUUUAUUUUCUACAUUUACGUACGUUUUAAAAGAUUGAAUAUAUAUAAAUAGAAUGUGGUCGAGACUUUCGUUUAAGGUGUAUUCAUUGACUAUUAAAGGAUAUCCUACAACAUAUAUUUGUGAGAAAACAAGUGCUUCACUCUUAAGAAUUUCUCAAGAGAGACUUACGCCUUCUUUAAGUUUAUUUGUCAGUAAAUAUGGUAAAGCGUUUUAUUCAUUUGACUCUAAAGAUAAUGUAAAUAAAACCACAUUGGAAAAGGGACCAUCAUCUAAUAAACCUAAGAAACCUAAGAAGGAGCUGAAAACUUAUAUUACUUUAUUGGAUUUAGAUAAAAAAAUGUCUGUUACAACAGUGGAAGAUGCUGCAAAGUUAGCACUGAGAAGAAACUACAAACUAGUUAAAGUAGUUGAUUUUGACCCCAAAACAGACAGGGCUGUUUAUCAAUUGCUUACAGAAUCACAAUACCUGAAAGAUGAUAAGGGUUGGGAAGAAACCAAAACAAAAAGUGAAAAAUCCAUAACAGACAGUAAAGUUGUAUCUUUUUCUACUAAUAUAAAUGAACACGAUGUUUUAACUAAAAUUAAUAUGAUGAAGAAAUGGUUAUCAAAGAAAUAUGAAGUAAGAGUUGUUGUAACAGGUGAUUUAAAAGCUGGAGAGAAUAUAUACAAAUUAAUUGAACAAAAUAUUGGUGUUGAUGGAAGAAUAGUACAAAAGAGAACCAAAGGGUCAGAUGUCAGGUUUCAAAUCCUUCCUCCAAAGAAAACGGAAAAAAGUUCAAAAGUGUCCGAGACGGAAACCACAUAACACAUGAGCUGUGAGGGAACGUUUAGUUUUAUACUCUAGUUGGGCAGAGACAGAAUUAUUUGGAUUCAUACCUGUGAAUACAAGAUGCCAGGUUUUGGCAAGUAUUGAUGUACUCAAAUCAGAAAACCAGGGCUAGAAGACAGAAAAAUAUAGAGAAUAUCGUUUGAAAACGAAGAAACAUUUAUAAAAUAUCAUUUGGUUGUAAUAGUAAAGGGUCACUUCCGGAGUGUUCCAUCCCUUUUAAACCAAGGGAUAAACAUUUUAAACACAUUUAUAAUGGAUGUAUAUUUGUAAAAUAUAAGCUAUUUUGUUUUUGU